AUGUCGGCCCCGUUUGAGGAACGCAGUGGGGUGGUUCCUUGCAGUACGCCGUGGGGCCAGUGGUACCAGACCCUGGAGGAGGUGUUCAUUGAAGUUCAAGUGCCGCCAGGCACUCGCGCCCAGGAUAUCCAGUGCGGCCUGCAGAGCCGACAUGUGGCGCUGGCCGUGGGUGGCCGCGAGAUCCUCAAGGGCAAACUCUUUGAUUCUACAAUAGCUGAUGAAGGAACAUGGACAUUGGAGGACAGAAAAAUGGUCCGUAUUGUUCUUACAAAGACAAAAAGAGAUGCAGCAAAUUGCUGGACCUCUCUUCUAGAAUCUGAAUAUGCAGCUGAUCCUUGGGUACAAGACCAAAUGCAGAGAAAGCUUACAUUGGAGAGAUUCCAGAAAGAAAAUCCUGGUUUUGAUUUCAGUGGAGCAGAAAUCUCAGGAAACUACACUAAAGGUGGACCAGAUUUCUCAAACCUUGAGAAAUAACAGCUGUUUUUUUUUUCUUCUGUAUUCCGUGGAUCUUUGCAGAUGUUGCCAACCUCAUCAAAGAAACAGAUUAUGUAGUAAGAGAAAAAUGUGGAUGCCUACAAUUAACAAACUACAAAAUAGAUUUAAAAGUGGUUUUAAAUAGUGCAUUCAAAUAUGGUUUUUAAAGGAAACACCUUAAAUAUGUGGGGACUCUUCUAUGAAUAUAUGGUAACCUUUUUGGACUUAUUUUUGCUUAGCAUGAAGUUUUAUAUGCUUCAUUUUACUAAUUUCAUACUUAACCUAUAUUUUUAAUACAAAAAAGCAUGAGGGCAUAAAUUAUGUAAAAUGGCAGGGUGCUUUCAGAGAAAAUUAAGUUUUUCUUUCGAUAAGUAUGACACAGGAGUAACAUUCAAUAAACUUUUCUAAAUAGGAAUUGUGUACCCCUUUGACUAAGUAUGUCAGUUCACAAAGGAAAUUAUUUUACUGGAAAAAAAAAAUUAAGGAAAAAAACUGAUCCACAAAUGUAAUUUGAGUUAACUUAAUUUUAAAAGUUAAAGAAAAUGUCUUAGUUACUCCUUAGCAGAUUACUUUAUAUCAGAAACUUGAAAAGCAGUUAAAAACCUGAAAGUAGAAGUAGAUUAAUACAAAAGAGACACAGCUAAGUGAAUGUGGUUGUUGGACAAGUGCUUUGUGAGUGGCAGAAAGCAAAUUAUGGUCAUUGAUUUGUAAGUCAUUUAUACCAUUUUGAUCCUCAAUUAUCCAAACAUCUAGGUAGGAAAUAUCUAUUGAAAUGUUAUUCAUCUUUUUUAUGUUCUUUUUAAAAAAUUAAAAUUCUGAAAUUUAUAGAAAAGUUGCAAGUAAAGUUCACAGUUUUUUUCCCUGAACUAUUUGGAACUAGUUGAUGACAUGGUGUCCCAUCACCUGUGUCCUCAAAGGAAGACAUUCUCUUACACAACUACAAUGCAAAGUGUUAUCAUCAGGAAAGUAAUAUUAGCACAUUACCAUCUAAUCCUCAGAUGCUUCACCCCAUUCCCAUUUAACCAGUUGUCCUAGUAAUGUCCUUUAUAGCAAAAGGAUCCAGUCAGAAUCAUGCCUUGCCUUUAGAUGUCAGGCAUCUUUAUUCUCCUUCAAUUUCAAACAAGUCCUUAUUUUUUUGUUUUUUUUGACUUGGCAGUUUUGAAGAUUACAGGCUAGUUUUGUAGUAUAUCCCUCGUUUUGAGUUUUUCUUGUAUUUCUUUAUGGUAAGAUUCAGGUUAUGCCUUUUUGGGAGAAAUAGAUGUGAUGUAUCCUUAUUUCAUCCUAUCACCAGUUAAUAAUUUUGAUUUGUCCCAUUUCUGACGGUGUGUUAGGUGGUAUCUGCCAGACUUCUCCAAUGUAAAGUUACUCUUUUUCUGUAUGUAAAUAAGUAGUUUGUGGGAAGGUAGCUUCAAAGUACUACUUUGUUUUUCAUCAGAUUUGCAAUUUAUUUAUGUCAGUAUCAUCUCAUACUUAACUGUUUUAUCCAUUGGAUUAAAAACUAUUAUUCUCAUUACUUUUAUGUUCAAAAUUAUUCCAAAUUUGACCAGUGGAAAACCAUUGUAAGUGGCUCCUGUGCCCUUUUGACAUGUCCCCAUCAUUCUUGGAGCAAUUUCUUACUUUCUGGCACAAGAUACAUCAGGCUUAUCAUGCUUUCCCUUCCCCAGCUCAAGAAUCGGCCGUUUUUUCAAGAAGCCUUGAUUCUCUUCAGUGGAGAAGUAUUUAGAAGCCAAGAUAUGUGUGCUAGGUGUGCUUAUUACUAUUGGGGUGCGUGCGUAUAAUGUAUAUAUUUACAUUCAUAUUUCUAAUCUGUGUAUAUUGAAAAUUAAAGAGUUCACACUGAUACUUUCAAUUCCAGUCUCAUGAGGGUCAUUUUAGUUUUAUCUCUUUCCAUAUUUCUAACUCCCUUAAACCAUAGUGAGAAACCUGGUUCCUAUUAUCCUUAAUACAUUUGACUUCCUAUUUGAGGCCAACUUCCCGUGUGAAUACCUUCCUUACCCUGCUCAGGUUCCAACACCAUGCCAAGCAGGAUGCCUUCCUCAACCUUCUUGGGCCCUAGAGACCCUACUGUGGGCCACUGCAGCUCACCCACAUCCUUUAGCAAGAUGCUUACCUUGCUCAGCUACACCCAGUAGCUUUAGGACUGAAUUGUUGGGGAAGAGAUUUCUUUUUACAUUUAAUCGGCCUCUGUCUUUGAGUUUUUAUUUUUUAAUUUUAUUGUGUUUUAGGUGAAAGUUUACAGUGCAAAUUAGUUUCUCAUUCAAAAAUUUAUACACAAACUUUUGAGAUAUUUAUUGUAAUCCCUGCCAUGUAUCAGCACUCCCCCCCCUUUCCAUUUCUACCUUGGGUUCGCCAUGUCCAUUUGUCCAGUUUUCCUGUCCCUUCCUGCCAUCUCGUCUUUGCUUUUGGACAGGUGUUGCCCAUUUGGUCGUGUGUACUUGAUUGAACUAAGAAGCACAUUUCUCACAUGUGUUAUUGUCUGUUUUGUAGUCCUGUCUAAUUACUGGCUAAAAGGUAGGUUUCGGGAGUGGCUUCAGUUCUGAGUUAGUAGGCUUUCUGGGGGUCAUGGUCUCAGGGGUUCCUCCAGUCUCUGUCAGACUAGUAAGUCUGGUCCUUUUUUUGUGAACUUGAAUUUUCUUAGACAUUUUUUUCCCCACCUUAUUCAGGACCCUCUAUUGUGAUCCACCUACCCUGUAGAUGAUCAUAGCUGGGCACCGUCUAGAUCUGGCUCAGGAUAUCCGGUGGAGGCUGUGGUUCAUGUGGCCCAUUAGUCCUUUGGACUGGUAUUUUUCUUGUGUCUUUGGUUUUCUUCAUUCUCCUUUGCUCCAGAUGGAACAGGACCAAUAGAUGUAUCUUAGAUGGCUGUUUGCAGGCUUUUAAGACCCUUAACACUUCCCACGAAAGUAGGAUGUAGAACAUUUUCUUUAAGAACCGUAUUAUGCCAGUUGACCUAUGUGUUCCAAGACCGUGGUCCUGAGCCCUGAGCCCCAAUAACUCGGUCCCUCAGAAUUUUUGGAUGGUUCUAGGAAGCUUCCAUGACUUUGCCUUGGUCAAGUUGUGCUGACUUCCCCCAUAUUGUGUUGUCUUUACCUUCAUCAAAGUUAAUACUUGUUUACUAUCUAGUUAGUGAUUUCCCCUCCCCACCCCUCACAUCCCUCAUAACCAUCAAAGGUUUUUUUUUUUUUUUUUGUGAGUAAACCUUUUCUUGGGUUUUUAUAAUAGUGGUCUCAUACAAUAUUUGUCCUUUUGUGAUUGACUUAUUUCACUGAGCAUAAUGCCCUCCAGAUUCAUCCAUGUUGUGAGAUGUUUCAGAUUCAUUGUUGCAUACAGUUCCAUUGUAUGUAUGUACCAUAAUUUAUCCGUUGGUCUGUUGAUAGGCAUGUAGGUUUCCAUCUUUUUGCUGUUGUGAAUAAUGCUGCAGUGAACAUGAAUGUGCAUAUGUCUAUUUGUGUGACAGCUGUUAAUUUCUCUAGGAUAUAUUCCUAGAAGUGAGAUUGCUGGAUUCUAUGGUAUUUAUAUUUCUAGCUUUUUAAGAAGGUGCCAUAUCGUUUUCCAUAGUGGUUGUAUGAUUUUACAUUCUUACCAACAUGAGUUCCAGCCUCCCCACAAGAUCUCCAACAUUUGUUAUUUUAUAUUUUUUUGAUUAGUUAGUGCCAGUAAUGUCGGGGAGAGAUGGUAUCUCAUUGUAGUUUUGAUUUACAUUUCUCUAACAGUGAAUGAUCAUGAGCCUUUCUUCAUGUGUCUCUUAGCUCCCUGAAUGUCUUCUUCAGUCAAGUGUCUGUUCAUAUCCUUUGCCCAUUUUUUUUUUUAAAUUGGAUUGUCUUUCUGCUAUUGAGAUGCCAACGUUUUCUAGCAGUUUGAGAGAUUAGAUCCAUAUUGGAUGCGUUGUAGCCAAAAUUCUUUUUCCCAGUGUAUAGGUUCUCUUAUUACUCUUUUAGUGAAGUUUUUUGAUGAGUGUGUUUAAUUUUUAGAAGUACCCAGUUGUCCAGUUUAUCUUCUGGUGUUUGUGCAUUGUUAACUAGGGUUUGUAUUCUCUUUAUGCCAUGCAUUAGGGCCCUGAAUGUUGUCCCUCUGACAUUUUUAAAGUUUAUUUUUU